CCCAUAAACCAACAGAAUGGGCGGAUGUCCCCAGCCUGGCUCCGCGCUGGCCCCCUCGACACCCUCUGUGGGGUGGGGAUGGCGGAGGGACGGGGGGCUCCCCGGGGCUGGAGGCCAUCCGCGCUCCCCGGUCACGUGUCAGGCGCUUGGCAGGGGGACCCAGCUCCUUCCCCUGGCGCCGUCGCUCCUUCCACUGCGCUCCAGAAAGCCGGGGUAUGCGAGGAGGGAGCCCGGGGUCUCCUCUGGGACCCCCCCUCGGCACUCGCACCCCUCCCCGGCGGGAAGACGAGGGGCUUUGCUGCCUUUGGGCAUGAAAAAGGGCCUGGAGCGCGGGGCCAGCCAGCGCUGAGAGGAUUUCCUCGGUUUCGCUGAAGGGCUGAGGAAUGUCUAACGCUAACCACAUCCAGAUGUGCCUCCUUGGCAGCCGCCUGCCGAGCCAUUAGCGAGGGGACGCGGGAUCAGCGCUAUCGAAUGGGAUUUGAAGAACUGAUCGAAUGAGACAGAAGAUCCGUGGGAAAAGGAUGGACAUCGGGGCCAGGCAGCUCAAACACAGCUUUUAACAGUCCCAGAAGCACGGCAGAGACAAUGAGAGUUCGUCUCAAAGGGGACGCCAUCUGUACCCUCCUCCUGCUGGUCGCGCUCUGUUCUUUGCUCUACUCCCAGCUGGAACAUUUAGUCCCGGUAGGAAACAAGGAGCCAACAAAGAAGCAGCCUUCAGUAACAGCAAAAAUAUUCUCCACGCCUAGAGCACCUUGGAGACCAAUGCCAGCAGAGGCAACGGUACUCAAGCCCCACGUAACUCCCGUCAUUAGACGACCAGAAGUGGCCAACAACAGGGUCACAACUACAACGAGACCCCCACUGACUGAUUCCGCCUUCAAUUUCAAGCGCUAUCUCCUAAACAAGGAUAACAGGAACUUCAAUCUCCUCAUCAACCAGCCCAAGAAAUGCAGGAAAACACCCGGAGGUCCCUUUCUGCUCAUCGCUAUCAAAUCGGUAGUUGAAGACUUUGACAGACGUGAGAUUGUCCGGAAAACGUGGGGCAAGGAGGGUUUGGUGAACGGGGAGCAGAUCCAGCGAGUGUUCCUCCUGGGAACACCAAAGAAUAGGACAGUGCUGGCAACAUGGGAGACUCUGAUCCAUCAGGAGAGUCAGACAUACCGAGACAUUUUACUCUGGGACUUCAUGGACACUUUCUUCAAUCUGACCCUGAAGGAGAUCCACUUCCUGAACUGGGCUGCUGAAUUCUGCCACAAUGUCAAAUUUAUUUUUAAAGGUGACGCCGAUGUUUUUGUCAAUGUUGAGAACAUUGUUGACUUCCUUGAGAGACAUGACCCCGCUGAGGACCUCUUUGUUGGGGACAUCAUCUACAACGCACGCCCUAUUCGUGUCCGAAAGAGCAAAUACUACAUCCCAGAGACCAUGUAUGGACUAAGCAUCUACCCAGCCUACGCAGGAGGAGGAGGGUUUUUGCUGUCCAGCCAUACCAUGAAGAAGCUCUCCAAGGCUUGCAGAGAGGUGGAACUCUUCCCCAUUGAUGACGUCUUUUUGGGCAUGUGCUUACAGAGAAUCAACCUCAAGCCCAUUUUGCAUGAAGGUUUCAAGACCUUUGGCAUUGUGAAGCCUUCUGCUGCCCCACACCUACAGACAUUUGACCCCUGUUUUUACAAAGAUCUCAUGGUAGUGCACAGUCUGAAAGUUGCUGAGAUCUGGCUAAUGUGGAACCUGCUCCACAGCCCACGUCUUUCCUGUACUCAAAAGAAGCAAGUCAAGAAGCCUUUCCAAUGGAAAAAGAAAGCUCAAGUAACACCACAGGCAUCACCUCUAAGCUAAUGCAGGCAGACGGCAGCAGAAACACACAGAAAACCAGCUAAGAAAGGGAACCUGGAACUGUUGCAACCAAAUGAACUCACUUUAGAAGUAGAUUAUUUUAGCACAUCUUAUUUACAAUGUUAAGAGAAGACUAUUGCAGGGAUUUGUCAAAAUUCCACAUUUGCACACACAUACCGUGUAGGUCCUUCUCCAUUAAUGAGUCCAAAUAAUCGUAACUGUAUCUUUAAUUUAUUAUUAUUUAUUAGAAUUAUAGUAGUGCUUAGUGGGCCAACGUGUAAAAACACAUAGUAAAAUGCAACCUUUGGAGAUUUUUCAGCAUGGCUAGACAUGUGAGAAACGAAAGAAGACAGAGGGUAGGAGAUGACGCCAAGGAGCCCGGGGAUCGUUGUCCACUUGGUACCUUGACUCAGACUCAUUGAGAAAUGACGGAACUGUGCAGUAACUAGCGUAAAGGAAAUCAAACCCCUUAGGGUACACUCAGAUCCUAUCACCGCUGCCUGGUUGGCUUUCUGUAGGCCUCAUAAGAGAACAACAGAACAACUAACAGCUAUUGAAAUGGGGUCCCAUACAUGGCAGGUAGGGGGGACUACAAGAACAGAAACUGGAGGCUGAGGUUGGCGUGGCUGGUUGAGCAGAGGACAGGUAAGUGGGUAACUGGGAAGAGGCAGACUCCUGAAGGGCCUUUAAAGAAAGGACAAGAAAAACCUUGAGUUAGUCCCUCUAAGUCUUGAUUUUUCAUCAUUCAUAGCAACAUCUCAGUUCAAAUAUCUGCUCCAUUGACACACUCGGGACUCAGGGGACCAGUUUUUGGCACUUCCAUGAGCUCAGGCUCUCUACAUCAUGCUGAGUGGAACUCAGUGGAAACUCAGAAUCAUUCAACAGCAUCUCAUCUCUCUCAUCAUCUAACCCAGAUCUUCAGAAGGUCUGCAUCUGCAGAGAUCCUUUGGCCUUCACUUGUGAGGGUAAAACCACGCAGAGCUGCUGCUUGCGUCACAUUUGGGAGCUUCUUCAAACCAAAAGAAAACUUGUCAAUGGACUGGAGUGGUUUCUGUAGACAAGAGCAGCCAAGACUCUUCAUACUGCUGUGGGUGUCAUGUGAAGGGAGAAAGUAGCCUUCAGACAAAAGGCCUCCAGAAUAAAAGCUUUUCUAAAUUUAUUGCAAGAAAGCAAAAACACAAAGCAAUCUUUCUGUUGGCCUUUCCAAGUUUCACUCAGUCUGUAACUAUUUCAAGCAUCGGACAACAACACUGGAUUGCUUAGUUUUUCAAAGAACAGGCAAUACUUUGAAGCAUUUUGGUUUUUCCAGCAGCAGAUUACCUUAAAUGUACCUCCUUUUCUUGGACACCAAACAAGAAGUAAUUCCCCUAAAUCAAGGUUAAAAAGCUAUAAAAUUCACAGGGCAAAGAGCUUGAAUCCACUUCUGAUAUUGUGCUAAUUCUUUUCCAAUUUUUUCCCCCCAUCAACAAAAUUCUUCUCCAUCAGAGAAGCCCCAAUGCCAUCCCUUUUCAGGAGGGCACACAGCUUCAAAGGAAACUACAAUCAGUCAUAAACAUUCAGGGGGUUGUCUUCCCUUAAAAAGAGCCUGCAGCACAGCUGCAUUUCAUAUCUGGGUAAACCUUUCUCCCACCCAGCAGCGGUCCGGGCUCAGUACUGGGAUUAACGGCGCAAACCAUGGAGGAAAACAAGCUGGUAAUAGCUAUUGGUAGGCUACUAACAACAGUUUUAAAAUCUUAUGGUGUGGGUAGCAUGUAAGCCUUGCAGUAAUGUAUUUCCAAGGAAAGGUCAGCUAUACAGAAAUCAAAAGACCACGUGUUGAUUUGGGAUGUUUUCAGGAUGCCAUCCCGAAAUACAAAAUGCUCGUGGGAGCUUUACGCAGCACCCUGUAGGGUGUGGAAAUAAGCCACAGCCUUGCUGGUGGCAGAAAGCCAGUCACGGCCCUGUCUGCUGACGUGUGUGACACUUAUGUAUUUAUGGACUUGUACAGAAAUGUAUUACCUGUGAUUAGUUUACAGUUUGGGAAAUUAUUUAUGCCAUAAUUAAAAGUCAACGUGCUGAUGUGCC